AUGAUGAUAGUAGAGAUGGAUAAAGUGUCUGCUCCUUCACCAAGGGAGCGCGCACAGCGCCUUUAUGACAAGAACCUUGAAUUGGAGAGUAAGCGUCGGAGAUCAGCUCAGGCAAGGGUCCCUUCAGAUCCAAAUGCUUGGCAACAAAUGCGUGAGAAUUAUGAAGCAAUAAUUCUUGAGGAUCAUGCAUUCUCUGAGCAGCAUAAUAUUGAGUAUGCUCUGUGGCAGUUGCACUAUAAACGGAUUGAGGAGUUGAGGGCAUAUCUUAGCGCUGCUCUUUCUUCUGCGGGCUCUAACUCUACUCAGGGAGUGAAAGGCCCCUCACGACCUGAUCGGAUUACUAAAAUAAGGCUGCAGUUUAAAACUUUCCUUUCAGAAGCUACUGGAUUUUACCAUGAUCUUAUUAUGAAAAUUAGAGCAAAAUAUGGGCUUCCUCUGGGUUAUUUUGAGGAUUCAGAGAAUCAAAUUGUGAUGGAGAAAGAUGGAAAAAAAUCUGCUGAUAUGAAGAAAGGUUUAGUUUCUUGUCACCGUUGUUUAAUAUAUUUGGGAGAUCUUGCUCGCUACAAAGGACUGUAUGGUGAAGGUGACUCAAUAAGCCGCGAGUUUGCAGCAGCUUCUAGUUACUACUUACAAGCUGCAUCUCUUUGGCCAUCUAGUGGGAAUCCCCAUCAUCAGCUUGCUUUAUUGGCUUCAUAUUCCGGGGAUGAGCUGUUGGCUAUUUAUCGAUAUUUUCGAAGCCUGGCUGUGGAUAGCCCAUUUUCAACUGCAAGAGACAAUUUGAUUGUUGCGUUUGAGAAGAAUCGUCAGAGUUAUUCUCAGCUUUCUGGCGAUGUGAAAGCUCUUGCAGUCAAGGAAGCUUCUGGACGUAUGACUGGCAAGGGAAGAGGAAAAAUUGAAGCCAAACUAGCAACAAGAGGUGCUGGUGUGGAUACCAGUCCUAGAAAGGAAAGAGCAUCCUCGAUUCAAGAGAAUUACAAGGCCUUCUGCACUCGUUUUGUCCGUCUGAAUGGAAUAUUAUUUACGCGUACUAGCCUUGAGACUUUUUCUGAAGUUCUUGCAUUAGUUAGCACUGGCUUUCGUGAGCUUCUUUCUUCAGGGCAAGAUGAGGAGCUGAAUUUUGGAAUGGAUACUCGUGAAAAUGCACUUGCCAUUGUCAGAAUUGUCUCUAUUCUUGUGUUCACAGUUCAUAAUGUGAAUAGGGAAUCUGAAGGUCAGAGUUAUGCUGAAAUUGUUCAACGUGCUGUUCUCCUUCAGAAUGCAUUUACUGCAGCUUUUGAAUUAAUGGCUUACAUGAUAGAGAGAUGCAUGCAGCUGCAUGAUCCCUUUUCUAGUUAUCUGUUACCUGCCAUAUUGGUUUUUCUGGAAUGGUUGGCAUGUUAUCCGGAUCUUGCUGCAGGCAAUGAUGUGGAUGAGAAUCAGGCGGUAGUGAGAUCAAAGUUCUGGACUCAUUGCAUAUCAUUGUUAAAUAAACUUCUAACAGUUGGGUCUAUGGCAAUUGAUGAAGGCGAGGAAGAUACUUGUUUUAAUAACAUGAGUAAGUAUGAAGAAGGAGAAACUGAAAAUCGGCUUGCUUUGUGGGAGGACUUUGAGUUAAGAGGAUUCGUUCCACUUGUCCCUGCACAAACCAUCUUGGAUUUUUCAAGGAAACAUUCCAUUGGGAGUGAUGCUAACAAGGAAAGAAAAGCCCGAGCCAAAAGGAUUUUAGCUGCAGGAAAGGCUUUGGCAAAUGUGGUUAGGGUUGACCAGAAAAUUAUAUAUUUUGACUCAAAGUUAAAGAAGUUUAUAGUUGGUGUUGAGCCUCAAACCCCAGAAGAAUUUGCUCUUCCGACUUAUUCAGUUAUGCCUGAUGUAGAGGAGUUAACAAAAGAGAAUCCAGCGGACAAAUUGAAGUUGGCAAUGGUCCAGUCAAAUAAACCUCAGUAUGCAGAAGGAGAGGAUGAUGAUGAAGUUAUUGUAUUUAAGCCUAUAAUUGCUGACAAGAGAGCUGACGUGGAUGUUUCAACAUGGGCCCCUCAUGAGAGCUUGGAACCUAUGCAAAAAACUUCUGGAGGGGAUAUGAAUUUUCAUGUCAAUUCUUCAUCCAGCCCCAUUACUCUGAAACAAUCCAACCCCAUUAAUUUGAACCAGCAAACAGGCUUAGAUUCAAAUUUAGUCAUGCCUGUAUCUGUUGGCAGUGUGGUGUCUCAACACCUACGGCAAGUUCAGCCACAUAGUUCAAGGUGGAUAGAGGAGGAAAUUUCUCUUGCGAACAGUUUGAAAGGUCUUAGGUUUAUGGAGAAUGGACAUGCAUUGAAACCUACGAUGCUACAAACUCUUGGCAUUUCCAACCAUACUGCAGUCACAGUUCCCGUCGAACAAUCAGUGGGUACCAGUACUGCCAAUUUGUUUUAUGGCCUCUCAAAAGCUGUAGAACCUGUGAUACCAUCUAGAGGUAGUGCUAUUACUUCUUCAGGAGCUAUUGCUGAUAACUCAUCUGUGAAGACGUCAGCAGUCUUGCCAGCGGGUUUGAGGAAAAACCCAGUCAGUCGGCCUGCUAGACAUUUGGGACCUCCUCCUGGUUUUAGCUCCGUUCCUUCUAAACAAGCUGAUGAAGCCUUUGCCACAGAUUCAAUCAGUGCAAAUCCAAUGUUGGAUGACUAUAGUUGGUUGGAUGGAUAUCAGUUGCCCACAUCAAGCAGAGCUGUUGUUCCCAAUGGUCAUGUUACUUAUUCUCAAUCAAAUUCUCACCAAGUCAGCAACAACAACGGUUUGAGUGGGAAAGUCAGCUUUCCCUUUCCUGGAAAACAAAUUCCUUCAGUGCCUUCUCAGGUGGAGAAACAGAAUGGCUGGUUAGAUUAUCAGACAUAUGAGCUCACCAAAGCCCAAGAUCAGCAGCUGCAGCCACAACAGCUCACAACUGGAAAUCAGCAUUUUACACCACUGCCAGAGCAGUUUCACGGACAGUCAAUCUGGACAGGUCGCUAUUUUGUGUGAUGUUGCUAUGAGAUUAUAGA